UCUACCAGAAGUACACGGUCACUUCCGGGUUAAUCUGUGUUGUAAUCAACAAACAGCUGAAGCAAACGUUAUAACCUUAUGAUUUAAGACAAUAAGUAAGUAAAUGCUUAUCUACAGUAUAACUUAAUAUGUUCCCUGGUAAAGUACAUUUUAGGUGGUUUAUCUGCCUUAUGGUUAGCAUAGAUGCUAAAUAGAUGGAAACGCGAGUUAGCAUACAGGCGAAGUCGACGAAAACAUGUUUGAAGAUAAAUGAGAUAGUUGCUAUUAGCAUAUAAUUAUAGUCACAAUGCUUUUGGUUCAUAAGUGUUCUCUCUUUAAUCGGGUGUACAACUCAAAAACACAUGCUAGCGUACUGCAGGUUUUGAGACCGUUUGAGACGUCUGGCAAUUACCUGCGUGCAAUUAUACAACCAAAACAAUACAGAAGCACGAUGGCGAAACGAACGAUAUCAUCACAUUCUUCCUCUUCCAACGAAGACGGACAAAGUAGACUGAAGAGGGUUUCCAUUGAGGGCAACAUUGCUGUUGGGAAGUCAACCUUCACACGACUGUUGAAAGCUGCCUGUCAAGACUGGGAGGUGGUGACUGAACCUGUCAGUCAGUGGCAGAACAUUGACAGCGGGCCCUCAAAGGGGACGUCAGGUGCAUCUGCACAGAAGACCGUGAGCAACCUGCUGGAUAUGAUGUACCGGGAUCCUCAGCGUUGGUCCUACACCUUCCAGACAUAUGCCUGCAUGACCCGCUUCAAAACACAACUGCAGCCUCCCCCUGCACACCUGCUCUCAUCACAAGGGACCCCAGUGCAGGUUUAUGAGCGCUCCAUAUACAGCGACAGAUACAUCUUUGCUUUAAACAUGUAUGAACUGGGAUGCAUCAACGCGACAGAGUGGGCCAUCUACCAGGAUUGGCACUCACUCCUGGUGGAAAAGUUUGGACACCGGGUGGCGCUAGAGGGCAUUAUAUAUCUCAAAGCUCCUCCUGAGAAAUGUAUGGAGCGGCUGGAGCGGCGAGGCAGGCCGGAGGAGAAGACCGUGGAACUGGACUAUCUCAACAAGUUACACCAACAACACCAAAGGUGGCUUGUGGAGAAAAGCACCGAAAUCCAUUUUGACACAUUGAAAAAGAUUCCUGUGCUGGAGCUCGAUUGCAGUGUGGAGUUUCAGAGUGACGCAACAGUACAGGAGAAGUUCAUCAGUCAGGUGCGGGAUUUCUUCAGUACGUUAUGAGGCGUCAUCAAGUACCUUCAAAUCAAGUUCUUAUGAAGCAGUUACUGUAGGACUACACUCUUAUAAACAUUGUUUUUGUUUGAAUCUUUUAUCAUCUAAUAUACAUUGAUUUCACCUAAAGUACACCAAUUAAACACUGUAUCUCUACAAUACUCAUGCUGGUUCUGUACAUGGGAACAGUAUCAUGAUAGCAAUACAAUGCAGAUUACAACCUUGUGAUGGUGUACAACUGCACUGCAUUACAACUUUUUAGCUUGGUCUAAAAUUUUGGUUACUUGGCUACAGUCCAAUACCUUGUUUAUUGCUGUUAAUUGGUACCGGACAUGAUAUUUUCAUAGUUGGAGCAUAACAAAAAACUGUUUUUGAUCUUCUAAAUACAUACAUAGAUAAUUAAAGACCUUACACUCAUUUCAUACUAUGGUAGCAUGGAGUGUGUUCUACUGUAGGCUACAGUACUGAGCAGGUCCUCCAAGUGUCCUUAUGAUGGCCAUCGCCCGCCACUACAACGUGGCCAUGACAUAGAAAUACUUCACACACAUCACAUCCUGGGUAAUUCCUCUUAGGUAGAACUGGCCUUCCAUGUACUGAAACCACAUUUUGCAAAAAGUUGGUCAACUUAACACUCGCUGCUACAAUCUUUAGCUUUGAUGCUCACAUUUUGUGUUAGCAUUGCCGGUUUGCGUUUUCGUUCCACAUCCCUGAAACCACAGCUGUGUUAUUGAUGAAGUGCACCAAAAAAGUUAAUUUCCACUUUGGACGGACAUCUGUUGAUAGUGUACAGCAGUGUACAGCAGUCUUUUUAGCCUAAAGCGCUGCGCCAGGUAUCCCAUGUUACUUCCUCUUGUUGUGUUGUUUAGUAAUGUUUAUACUCUUAAGUCCUGCUUGGUGAAUAUUUAUCAAUCACCACAACAUAAUAUUAAUACAGAAUGAAACAAAUACUGGACGGUAAUUCAUGAAUAGAACUUAAUUUAACACUUAAGGCCCAAAACAUGUACAAUAUGUUUUAAAAAAAUAUAUUUUUCCGAUGUCAUGAGUGACAACAGUACUUGAAAUGUCCACAAUAAUAUAAACAAGUCUUAGUUUGAAGUAGUUCGCAUAUAUACUGUAUGUUUAUAUACAGUACAGGCCAAAUGUUUGGACAUACCUUCUCAUUCAAUGGGUUUUCUUUAUUUUAUUUCUUAAUUUUCAUGACUAUUUACAUUGUAGAUUGUCACUAAAAGCAUCAAAACUAUGAAUGAACACAUGUGGAGUUAUGUACUCAACAAAAACAGGUGAAAUAACUGAAAACAUGUUUUACAUUCUAGUUUCUUCAAAAUAGCCACCCUUUGCUCUGAUUACUGUUUUGCACACCCUUGACAUUCUCUCGUUGAGAUUCAAGAGGAAAGGGUUUUCACUUAACAGGUGUCAUAGUUUUAAUGCCUUAAGCAACAAUCUACAACAUUGGUCCCCAAACGAUCCGGCCCGCCAGCGUUCGAGAUCUUGCUCGCGGGAAGACCCAAGUUUAAAAAAAAUAAAAAUAAAACACAUUUUUUGGAGUCAAAAAGUUUGGGGACCCCUGAUCUACAAUGUUAAUAGUCAUGAAAAUAAAGAAAAACUUUUAAAUGAAAACGUGUGUCAAAAAUUUUUGGCCUGUACUCUGUGUGUGUGUUUGUUGUGUGUGUGUACAUACAUACAUACAUACACACACACACACAUUUGUGUGUGUAUAUAUAUAUGUAUGUAUGUAUGUAUGUAUGUAUGUAUGUAUAUAUAUAUAUAUAUAUAUAUAUGUAUAUAUAUAUAUAUAUAUAUAUAUAUAUAUAUAUAUAUAUAUAUAUAUAUAUAGUAUACUUGUGAAUAUUAUGCAAAAGUCCAGUCAUGUCAGCAAUUCAACUUCAAAUGUGAAACUAACUAAAUAUUUGACAUAAACUCAUAUCAUUGUUAUAAUGUUGAUGAUCAUGGCCUACAGUUUCUGAAAACCCAAGUUUUUGACAUUUUCAAUUCAAGGUGUAAGCCAUAAUCAUCAAAAUGACAUCAAAAGAAGUUUUGAAAUAUCUUGAGUUGCAUGUUACAAGCCUAUGUUGUAUAUUACUUUUUACUUUGUCAAUCUAAUUGCGGCCCUGCGGUGAGGUGGCGACUUGUCCAGGGUGUACACUGCCUUCCGCCCGAUUGUAGCUGAGAUAAACACUAGCGCCCCCCGCAACCCCUAAGGGAAUAAGUGGUAGGAAAUGGAUGGAUGGGCAAUCUAAUUGCUGGAAUAAAGGAAUCUUUGCAUGAUAUUCAAUUUUCUUUACAGUUUCACCUGUAUUUGUGAAGGCAGUUUUUUAAGGCGCUUAUAAUGUAUUAGAUUUUUACAAUGACAAAUAUUUUAUUAUCAUCACUGUUUUAAUAAAUAAUCAUUUUAAAAGGAUUGUAAUACAUUCCUGGUUGUGUGUAUCUUAAAUAAAAAUGAGCAGUAUUCCUUC